AUGUGUGAAACACGUUGGGUAGAUCGUCACGAAAGUAUGUUGAGAUUCAAAGAUUUAUACGAAGUUAUAGCUUAUGCAUUACAUAAUCUCGAAAAUAAUCAUAAUACAGAAACAUCACAACUCGCUUUUCAAUUAUCUAAGACUCAUCGCUCGUCUCAAUUUAUAAUAGCAUUAUAUAUCAUAGAAAAACUUUUUGCCUUUACAUUUCCAUUAUGUAAUGCAUUACAAAAAUUGAUUCCAAAUCUCCUCAACAAAUUUAAACCUAGUUAUAAUGAUUUUGAAAAAUGUAUAGACUUUUAUAAAGAUGUUUUACCCAGUUACAAUACAUUUGAAUCAGAAUUAAAAGUAUGGACAGAAAAAUGGAAAAAAGUUCUUCAGAAUGAGGUUCCAAAGUCUUCUAUUGAUACUUUCAAUAAAGUAUCCGUUGAUUUUUUUCCAAAUAUAAGAUUUGCCCUCAUGUCAAUUCAUUGCAGUAUUUCAAUAGACACUGAAGAAGUGAUUAAUAAUUUUGCAAUGCUGCCUCGAAAAUUGGAUUUUUUUGCUUUAAUUUAA